UCCGGUCUGUAUUUUGUUGUGUUUUUGUUUGGUUUUCUUCAACAAACAGAAAACGUCAACACGCGACAGCCACGUGGUUGUGUAGGUUCAUGCACUUUGUUCUAACGCCCACAGAUUCAGCCUCGGCGAGUCGCUUCUUCCCCCGAUGACAACAAACACCCAGCUAACUGCUAAGCUACGCUAACGCUGAGACGACAGCCAGUUAGCUUAGCUCCCCGCUGACACAGGAGAUAAAGCGUCGGGCUGCUUUUCAUGGUGCUCUCAGUUCAAUGGGGAACUGUCUGUUUAGCCAGGGAGCGGACGACCUGUCGCUGCUGAACGAGUCGGAGGGAGGCAGUCUGCCCGGGGAGCCUCCGCCGCCCUACGAGGAGCGCACCCAGCCGGGGCCAGUGUACCAUCCCAACCCAGGCGAGAGUCGUCUGGCCAGCCAGCUGACCGAGGAGGAGCAGAUCCGCAUCGCCCAGCGCAUCGGCCUCAUCCAGCACCUGCCCAGAGGCAUCUUCCACCUGGGCUCCGACCCCUCUGACAAGAAGGUUAAAGAGUGCGUGAUCUGCAUGUUGGAUUUUGAGUAUGCCGAUCCCAUCCGGUUCUUGCCCUGCCUUCACGUCUACCACGUGGACUGCAUUGAUCCCUGGCUGAUGCGCUCCUUCACCUGCCCCUCCUGCAUGGAGCCGGUAGACGCAGCCCUGCUGUCCUCAUAUGAAACCAACUGAGCGGCCCCCUUGUGGCUGCUCCUGCCUAAAAGUAACUGCACCUUUUAUUAGCCAAAACUGUCCUGUAGCUGUUCAGACAGGUUGCCAAGGCGAUGUGGCAUUAUGCAGAUGUGUGAAGGGCGUGUUAGGAUGCAGUCAGAUGGGGAAAACUGUGCCCUGCAGAUCAUUGCAUAGGUCUGACUCUUUGCCUUUAAAAGUCGGCCAAAGUGCCAAAUCAAGCUAGAUGAACAAUAUGAAAAGCUGUAACAGUAGCAAAACGUUAAUGCAAAGUAACUUCACUUUUUUAUGACUGUCAAUGCAUUUUUAAUCGGUGGAUUCUUAUUUUAAUUAAAUAUACAUCACCAAUGUCAUUGACUUCCCCCUUUCAAGACAUAAAGUGCAAUAUGUUCUAUCAAAGGAGAGAAUGCAGGAUGUUUGUCUCACACCAGAAUACGAAUGAGAAGAUGACUGGGAGUAAAUGAAAACAUGAAUGGAAGUUAAUGUGAUUUUCAAAUGUACCCAUGGCCUUGAAUGUAACUGAACACACAGGCCUCUCUACUGGAAUGUAAUCAGAAAAAAAACAUACAAAAAGUUUCUCUGAACAAAGAUAUGUUAAGAUAAAUCAUCCAUGAGCAUCAGCAUUUCAGCUUUUGAACUUGUUGUCUCAGUAUAACUGUAGCUUUGACUUUGAUGCUGCUUUUAUAGAUGUGAAUCUGUUUUGUUUGUUUUUUCCACAAUGUGGAUCCUGUCCCUUGUGCUUUGCCUCGGGUUUGUGCUUUUUGUUUUGUUAUAAAAAAAAAACGUUAGUUUUCAUAGUUUACUGUCAGUGACAUUUGCAAAGACUCGAUAUGCUGUGCAGUCCCUCUCAAAGCAUCUUGGGAUACCCCUCAUCCGCCAUAGAUUUUGUGUGUGUGUGCGUGUGCGUGUGCGCGUGUUUUUUAAGGGGAUGUGGGUAGAGAUCGGUGGCAUGUCAAGGUUUCUUUAUGAAUUUCAAUGGCAGUUAUAUAUAUGUUGAAGUUACCAAUUUUUUUCUGGUUUGAAGCUGCUGGAUUUAGUUUUGUGUCGAUGGCCUUCUUACAGCAGGUGAUGCAUUUUCAGAGCUCCCGGCUCCCGUAUCUAUCGGUAUCAGACGUGUGUCCUCUCUCUGAUACUAACUGCGUAAGGUAAAGCACAAACUAGUGAGCUGGUGAGAGAGAAAGACAGGGAUGUAUCCUGAAUGUGAACCUUUAUUUUUAAAGUUUUAGACAGUCAAAGUGACAAUAAGGGGAUAUGUCUGAUUUCCUCAGGCUGCUGUGCCUUUGAAGGUGGAGCUAAGCUAAUUCCAGUGAAGUACAAUCAUUUCUGACAUGACUGGUUUUUCAUUCCUCAGUCUGGAGACAGAUACCAGCACUGCACUGAUUAACAUCACUGUCAAACAGGUCGAGGGGGAAGCCACAAGUUGUGUCUGGCUGCCGUUAACAAUCAUUUUUGUGUUUUAAUUUAUAAUGUGUGCUACCAGCUCACAGGUUUUAGGGAAAACAUGAUCAAAGUGGAAACCAAACUUUUACACAAGGACAACGUGCUGUUUCUUAAAUAUGUAUUAAAGAGGAAAAGGUCACUGAGGAGAAAGAGAAUGGUUUCUUUUUAUUUGGCCAAAUCAUAUUUUCUUUUUACCUUAUUCGAAUGCCAGCAUGCAUUGAUUGUGACACAACAUAAUCACACAACAUGUGGAACACUGUGUAGUGACUCCAGCUACCACAGGUGAUCAAGAUUAGGGCUGUGACUUACCAUUCCCAACCUAUUGUACCAUUUUACUGUACAGUAAGAACUGGACAAAACUGUAUUUACAGAUCAAUCCUGGAUAUAAUGUUGUAUUUGACUCCAUGGGUAAUAAAGCUUAUCCUAAUACUGA